AUGAACUUCAGGCAGCUGGCCCGACAGAACAGCUCGUAUACCUGUGUGGUAGCUGAAGACGAUCCAGCCCUGGCGAGCCUAAAUGUGUUUGAGUUGGCCGAGAAGGGCGACCUCGCUCUCCUGCAGCACCUGGUGAGGAAGAGCCCAAAGGUCCUGAGUGGGAAAGAUGAAUGCGGAGCGAGUCCCCUUCAUCACGCUGCCGCAGGGGGCCACGUCCCCCUCAUCCAAUUCAUCACCACUGUCAUGGACUCACAGGAGCUGAACAGCUGUGAUGAGCAGGGUAACGUGCCCCUGCACUGGGCAGUGGAGAGGAACAAAGAGGUGAGCUGCAGGGCUCUUAUGGACCUGGGGGCCAACCCCAACAUCCUCAACACGGCCCUGCUGUCCCCUCUGCACCUGGCUGUCAACCGCGGACACAACAACCUGGUGGAGCUGCUGCUGUCUUACACUGACACAAACUGUAGCCUGGAGGGAGACCUUGGGAACAACCCGGUGAUACUGGCCUGCUCUGUCAAUAACUGUGAGGCUUUAAGCAUACUGUUGAAGCAUGGAGCGCGGCUCUGCCAACGGAACAAGCUCGGCCACUAUCCCAUCCACGCAGCUGCCUUCGCAGGUGCAAAGGAAGCCAUGGAAACGAUCCUGAAGAUCGGAGAGGAGAUGGGCCACUCCUUUGCAGUUCACAUCAACUAUUUAGACAAGUCGAAGAGCAGUCCCCUCCACCUGGCUGUUCAUGGUGGAAAUAUUGAAACCAUCCGCCUCUGCAUUGCCUCUGGGGCCAAAGUGGACCAGCAACAGAAUGACAGGUCCACGCCGCUGCACUUGGCCUGUACCCAGGGUGCAACUGAGGUGGUCAAACUGAUGCUCUCCUCCUUCGACCAAGUGGAAGACAUCAUCAAUCUAACUGACGGGGCAUGUCAGACCCCUCUGCACAGGGCGACAAUAUUUGACCACACAGAGCUGGCCGAGUAUCUAAUUUCAAUGGGUGCAGACCUAAACCGCAUUGAUUGUAAAGGAAAUUCUCCUUUGCUGCUGGCCACGAGCUGUGGAGCAUGGAAAUCUGUGUCUCUGCUGCUGUCGAAAGGGGCGUAUGUAAAUGUGACAGACAGAUCCGGUUGUAACUUCCUCCACCUGGCCAUUCUGCAGCCUAAGGGUCUGAAGAAUCUUCCCCAAGAACUGCUGCAGCACAACAGUGUGAAGGAUCUGCUGGGCUGUGAGGACAACGACGGCUGUACCCCUCUCCACUACGCCUGCAGACUGGGUAUCCAUGACUCAGUAAAGAGCAUGCUGGGCCUCUCGGGGCAGGUCGGCCUUGCAUUCAAGUCCAAGGAGAAGAAGUCUGCAUUGCACUUUGCUGCCCAGUACGGCCGCAUCAAUACGUGUCAACAACUACUGGAGAACAACACAGACUCUCGUUUGCUGAACGAAGGAGACGGUCGAGGCCUGACUCCGCUUCAUUUGGCUUCGAGAGGAGGACACACCAAGGUGGUGCAGCUGCUGCUGCGUAAAGGAGCUCUCUUUCACAAUGAUUAUAAGGGCUGGAGCUGUCUGCACCAUGCUGCUUCUGAAGGAUACACACACACGAUGGACAUCCUCAUCUCAAACAAUCCCAAGUUACUGGAUAACACCGACGAGGACGGGAGCACUGCACUGCACAUCGCAGCCAAAGAGGGACAUGUGGCUGCAGUCAGGAUGAUGCUGACUCGGGGAGCAGAGAUCAUCCUAAACAAGAACGACACUUCGUUCCUGCAUGAAGCGCUGCAGAACGGCAAGAAAGAUGUGGUCAACGCGGUAAUCGACAGUGACAGAUGUGAUGAGGCAAUAGAAAUGUUCCUACCUGGCUCAAGUCAGAGAUGUCCCAUACUAGACAUGAUCGAGUUUCUGCCUGAGACUUACAAGUAUCUGUUGGACCGCUGUGUUAAGGAAUCUGACGAUGACAACAACAGUCUUGACUACCACAUUGAAUAUGACUUCCAAUGGCUUCAAGCUCCCCUCAUAACAAAAAAAGAAGACCUUUCCAAGAAGUACCAACCACUGGCUUCACUCAAUGCGAUGGUGCAGUACAACCGACUCGAGCUUCUCGAACACCCUGUCAGCAAAAAGUACCUGACAACGAAGUGGAUUGCAUAUGGGAGCAAGGCUCAUUUGCUCAACAUGUUUGUGUACAUGUUAGGCCUGAUGCCCCUCACUCACCUGAUAGUGACUCUGAGGCCCAGCAUGAACACCACCCUCGGGGAGCCCGAUAUCAUCAUGGUGCCCGUUUCUUUCGAAAAGCAAAGUCUGAUGCGGUCCAUCUCUAUGGGGAUGGUCUUGGGCAUGAACAUCUAUUCCAUUGUGAAGGAGUUGGUGCAGAUAUCACAUGAGCGCUGGAAUUACUUGAAAGAUUCGUCCAACAGCAGUGACUGGGUUUCCGCCAUCUUCUCUCUGCUGUUCGUCAUUCCCAUCAUGCUCAACGUGGAAGGUUCCUUACACUGGCAGGCAGGGGCAUUUGCACUCUUGAACUCAUGGAUUGGAUUUCUCCUUUAUCUCCAGAGGUUUGAGGGCAUUGGAAUCUAUGUUGUGAUGUUUGGAGAGAUCCUGAAGACCCUGCUCGGCAUCAUCAUGCUGUUCCUGUUCCUGCUGUUAGCUUUUGGAUUAACGUUCCAUGCUUUGAUGCUCAACCAGGAAGAGUUUGACACCGUGCCACUCUCACUGAUGCAGACCUUUGUGAUGAUGGUCGGGGAGCUGAACUACCAAAGCAACUUUCUGGGACCUUACAUGAAAAACCAGCUUCCCUUCGCUCCGCUGACUUACUGGAUUUUGGUGCAAUUUGUGCUGCUCAUGCCCAUACUGCUUGUGAACCUGAUGAUUGGUUUAGCAGUUGGUGACAUUGCUGAAGUACAAAGAAAUGCUGUCUUGAAAAGAAUAGCCAUGCAGAUUCAACUCCACACCGCUCUGGAAGAUAAGCUCCCUUACUGGUUCCUGAAGCGAGUCGACAAACCCUCCGUAACCAUCUACCCCAACCGCAAGUGCGGCAGGAACAUUCUAUGGCAAAUAUUGUUUAGCCGUGAGGAGCCAACUGAAGUUUGGAGUCGUGUGCAGGCCAAGUCUCAGGGCUGCACCAUGUUGCAGGACGAGCUGAAGAAGCAGAAGAGCAGGAUGAAAGAGAUGUCGAGUGUGCUGGAGAAGCAGCACAGCCUCCUGAAGCUCGUCAUCCAGAAGAUGGAGAUCACCUCGGAGGCCGAAGAGUCCGACGGCCCCCCCGACGUCAAGGCCAGCAAGUGGACGACUGUGAGUCGGACUCACUCGAGAGAACGCAGCGUGUCUCGCUGGGUCCCGCUGAUGAAGGCCAUUGAGUGAGAAAAAAUAAGAAUAGUGAUAUAG